AUGGUGGCUUCGUUUGUCCGUCACGGGCUCAGCUUUGAGGAGAUGGUCACUGAGGGCCUGUUUCAGAUCGUGGCGGGGAGUGACACCACGGCUGCUGCACUGAAAGGGGUGCUGCUUUUCCUGCUGAGUGAUUGCCGUGUGUACAAAAAGCUGCAAACCGAGGUAGAUGCUGCGGCCGAGAGGCUAGGACUGCGUCCGGAUCAGGUCAUUCUCGACCACGACGCUAGGCAGCUUCCCUACCUGCAGGCGGUCAUCAAAGAGGGGAUGCGAUGCCACCCGCCGGUGGCGCUACCAAUACCAAAGAUGGUACCUCCAGGAGGAGAUACGGUUGUUGUUGACGGAAAGGAGGUGUUUCUGCCAGGGGGUACACACAUCUCGUACUGCGCAUGGGCCCUACAUAUGCGCAAGGACAUUUACGGGGACGAUGCGACCUGCUACAGGCCUGAGAGGUGGCUUAUAGAGGAGGAUCCGGACAAGCUGGCGAGGAUGCAAAAGGCACACGAGCUGAACUUUGGAUACGGCAAGUAUCAAUGCCUUGGGAAGCAGUUGGCUUUAAUGGAGUUGAACAAGGCCAUGUUUCAGCUGUUAUGGAAUUUCGAUUUGGGAUUGACAAAUCCAAACAUGGGGUGGAGGAAGGCGAACUUUUUAGGAAUUUUCAGCCCUGGUGAGCUGCUUGUUACCGUCAACGAGCGCGGUGGGAGGGUUUGA